UGGAGAAAACUGCUUUCAUCUGACUUCGGCUGGAAACUGCCACUGCAUGGUUAAUGGCCGCAGUCCAGGCUUUGGUGCUCAAGGCAUGGAAUCCCUCAGUGAAGACCUGUGGGAGUUCCUGGGUGGGGAGGCUCCACUGCAUCAGCUGGACGACCUCACUAAAGUGAAUCCGGUGACGCUGGACACAGUCCUGAGGUGCCUGCAGGCCCGGUACUCAGCAGACACAUUCUACACCAACGCUGGCUGCACCCUAGUGGCUCUGAACCCCUUCAAGCCUGUCCCUGAGCUCUAUACGCCACAAUUGAUGAGAGAGUACCACAGCGCACCACAGCCCCAGAAGCUAAAGCCUCACAUCUUCACUGUGGGUGAACAGACCUACAGGAAUGUCAAGAGCCUGAUUGAGCCCGUCAACCAGUCAAUUGUUGUCAGUGGAGAGAGUGGUGCUGGAAAGACAUGGACAUCUCGCUGCCUGAUGAAAUUCUAUGCUGUGGUAGCCACCUCACCCACAUCCUGGGAGAGCCACAAGAUUGCAGAGAGGAUCGAACAGCGGAUUCUGAACUCCAAUCCUGUUAUGGAAGCUUUCGGGAACGCGUGCACACUGAGGAACAGCAACAGCAGUCGCUUUGGGAAGUUCAUCCAGCUCCAGCUGAACAGUGCUCAGCAGAUGACUGGAGCUGCAGUCCAGACCUAUCUCCUAGAGAAAACUCGAGUGUCCUGCCAGGCUUCCAGCGAGAGGAACUUCCACAUCUUCUAUCAGGUUUGUGCCAGGCAGAACUCAGAGGUACAGGGCAGGGAUGGGUCUGUGGAUUUGCCUCUGAGCCCUGAAAUGAUGGCUCCCCCAGGCUUAUCCUUUUUCCUGUUAGCCUAG